ACACCUGGUCUUUUCCUUAACCUCUCCCUCUCCUGCUCCACCUUCACUCCCCUCAGCUCAAACUCCCCUUACGGUUUUCAGCCUCGAAAAGCCAAUCUCCAUCUCUUUCUCUGACAUCUCAACGGUUUUCCCCCAUUCAAUAGGUCCAAUGGUCCAUCCACAGACGUGAAAGCAUAUAGGCGAAACGAGAAUUGAGGAACAAGAAUCAUGCUAUUUCCUAUCAUAAGCACUUGGAUGUCCAUAGAAGGACACAGGAGGCUAUUUCAAGUGAUCCCAGAUCCAAUGCAGGAAUUGUGGGACAAAUGGGAGUUGCGAGGACUAAUUUUGCUUAGUCUUGUGUCACAAAUCAUAUUGACACUAUUGGGAAACCGUACAAAUUACAAGCCCAAUAUUUGUACAAGAGCACUUGUGUGGUCUGCAUACUUGUUAGCUGACUGGGUUGCAGCUCUUGCUAUGGGUGUCAUCUCUAGCAAUCUUGGAGACUAUUACAAUGUGACUUGUCAAAAAAAGAAGGUUAAUCCUCAACUAAUUGCAUUUUGGGCUCCUUUUUUUCUAAUGCAUCUUGGUGGCCCUGACACAAUCACAGCAUAUGCUUUAGAAGACAAUGAACUUUGGCUUAGGCACUUGGUUGGUUUGGUUAGUCAAACAAUUUUGACUAUCUACAUUAUUCUUAUGUCAUGGAAAGGCAAUUGGCUUUCACAUCUCAGCAUUUUGAUGCUUGUUGUUGGGUUUAUCAAGUACGCGGAAAGGACUUGGUCUCUAUAUAGUGGCAGUAUCAAACACCUUAGGGAUUCUUUUCUUCGUUCAAAUGGGAAUCCUUGGAAUAAAGAACAAUGGCAUGAUCAAUAUCAAAGGAAUUUUCUUCGCUUCAUUUAUAUUUUUGUAAGCCUUUUUGCGGAUUUGGUAUUGAGCCCGCGAGACAUUGAUCAUGAUAGAGAAGAAUUUCUAAAUAACAUAGGCUGGGAACAUGCUUUUAACAAAGUGGAUUUUGAGCUUAAAUUGAUGUACGAUGUGUUCUACACCAAAGCAUUUGCAAAUUACGGCUUCUUGGGAUUGAUGUCACGUUUAAUCACUUUAACUGGCACUUUAAUUGUGCUUGUGUUGUAUGCCAAAUUAAGUCAAAACAAUGAGUACUUAGUUAUGGAUCACAUCAUCACAUUCUUGUUGCUGGCUGGAGCAUUAAUAUCAGAAAUAUAUGCAUUCAUAUUGUCCAUUGCCUCCAAAUGGAGAAGGUACUAUUUCUCAGUUUCAGGUCUUGAAGACAGUCUUUAUAUGUACGAAUACAAUGUGGAGCGUGAUUCAUCGUCUUUCUUUGGGAAGAAAGCUCCAAUUUCUUUUGGGCAGUCUAACUUCUUCACUUUUAUUUGCAGCCAAAAUUGGAACACGAUGGAUAAUUUCGUUCCAAUAAACAAGUUAGAAAAGCUCCUACAUGUUAGUCACUGCUCAAUCUCUUCAGAUUUGAAGAAAAAAAUCUUCAGUAGCUUGUACCUCAAAUCCGAACGAAGCAUGCAGUCAAAUUUUUCAGACAACCCUGGAUCUGGGAAUUGUUCAAAGGGGAAAAAUAUGUCAAUUUUGCUAAGUGAAUUUGAAUUUCACAGAACCAUCAUUACCUGGCACAUUGUUACAAAUCUAUUUUAUUACCAAAAAGAUGGCGACUCAAGUGUUCAUUCAAGGAAUAGCAAACAAAUAUCUGAUUAUAUGUUUUACCUCUUGGUUAAGCAACGUUAUAUGCUUCCAGUGGGGUCAGGGUUGAUCACCAUUCGUGAUGCGAUUAUCCAAACCGUGAAGUAUUUUCCUUUUGUUCCACAAGAACAUGAAUUAGCUGAAGUUUGCGAUGUAUUGCUUCAACAAGGUAAACCUACAGCAACAAUUGAUGAACCCUUAGAAGUGCAAAGUAUAUUAUCUAUUCUCUUUCUUCCUGAAACAAAAGACGGUGAAUCCGCAAAGGAGCAAAGUGCAUCUGUUCUCUUUCAAGCUUGUGAGAUUGCAAAAAAGCUUGGUGUAGGAAAUAGAGAGAAAAUGUGGCAGUUAAUUGAAGAAUUGUGGGUUGAGAUUUUGAGCUAUGCUGGUGCUCAUGGUAGAGUAGACAUGCAUGCGCAGCAACUUCGAAGAGGCCUCGAAUUGAUCUCUCAUGUUUGGCUUCUUCAAGCUCACUUUGGUUUGUUGGAUCAAUUUCGAAUAACACCACUUAAGGCAAAUGCGUAGAUGCUGGUCCCCAUGUAAGGAGACUUAUCUAUAUCUAUAUAUAUAAUUUUGUCAACAAGCCUAUGUAUGAUUACAAAAUAAAAAUUAUAAUUUUUAACUAAAAAAUUAUGGUUUUUUCAUUAAUUCACAUUAACUUACAACUGAUAUAUAUGUAAUUUUUUCUAUAAUUAUAAUGUCUAACAUCCUUUGGUAGUUAGAAAAUU